GUAAUAACACUCCUCGAGUAAUUCCAACUCCCCUUGAAUAUAUAAGUAUCUUGUACGUUACUGUAUUAAAGCUUUGAUCGAUCAUCUCAUUUGAACAUUAAUUAUUCAAAACUAAUUCUUCACAAAAAUAUUAUUUACACAAGCGAUCGACGGAAGUGAAGAGUAAUUCAAUUCAAGUAAAUGGCGAUGAGCUUAAACCAGAUCGGAGGUUUGUCGUCUGCGGGGACACCCGUGGCAUCAUCAGAGUCCAGUGUAGGGGAACCGAAGACGGUGGCGGUGUGGAGGUCGCCCCCGGCGAAUAUCAGGGUGUCGGUACAGAAGGAGGUAGAGAGGAUGUCGCCGUCACCGCCGAUGAGCCCGAUGAGGGGGGAUCUGACAGUAGCGUGCGAAGCGUUAAUGACGGGGGAGAGAGAACAUAGAUUAUUAGCAUCAAAUAACAAAACGAGUAAGGAAGGAGGGGGAGUGCCGGUGUAUGUAAUGAUGCCGCUGGACAGCGUAACGAUGAGCGGAGAUGGAGUGAAUCGAAGGAAGGCGAUGAACGCGAGCUUAAAGGCGUUGAAGAGCGCGGGGGUGGAAGGGAUAAUGGUGGAUGUGUGGUGGGGAUUGGUGGAGAGGGAAACCCCCGGGGAAUACAAUUGGGGGGGUUACGCCCAACUCCUGGACAUGGCUGUCAAACAUGGUCUCAAAGUUCAGGCUGUUAUGUCUUUCCAUCAAUGUGGCGGCAACGUCGGCGACUCUUGCACGAUACCUCUUCCCAAAUGGGUAUUGGAGGAGAUGAAUAACGACCCUGACCUUGCAUACACGGAUCAAUGGGGAAGAAGGAAUAAUGAAUAUAUCUCCCUUGGUUGUGACACCAUUCCCUGCCUCAAGGGCAGAACUCCCAUUCAAUGCUACUCGGACUACAUGCGUUCUUUUAGAGACCGUUUCAGUCAUCUCCUUGGUCACACUAUUGUGGAAAUUCAAGUUGGAAUGGGUCCCGCUGGAGAGCUCCGGUACCCAUCUUACCCAGAGAAAGAUGGAGUUUGGAGAUUCCCAGGAAUUGGAGCCUUCCAAUGUUACGAUAAGUAUAUGCUCAGUAGCCUGAAAGCCGCAGCUGAAAAUUAUGGUAAGCCAGAAUGGGGUAGCACAGGCCCUACUGAUGCUGGUGAGUACAACAAUUGGCCCGAAGACACCAACUUUUUUAAGAAGGAAAACGGUGGCUGGAACAGCGAGUAUGGUGAUUUCUUCCUUACCUGGUAUUCACAGAUGCUGUUGGAUCACGGAGAAAGGAUCCUCUCAUCCACCACCUCUAUAUUUGAAAACCAAGGUGUCAAGAUCUCAGUCAAGGUUGCAGGUAUACACUGGCAUUAUGGGACCCGAUCCCAUGCGCCUGAGCUCACUGCAGGCUACUACAACACCCGUUACCGAGAUGGCUACCUCCCAAUUGCUAGAAUGCUAGCACGUCAUGGUGCUGUUUUCAAUUUCACUUGUAUCGAGAUGCGUGAUCAUGAGCAGCCCCAGGACGCUCAGUGUGCACCCGAGAAGUUGGUGCAGCAAGUGACAUUGGCAACGCAGGAAGCACAGGUACCCCUGGCUGGAGAAAACGCUUUGCCAAGAUACGAUGAUUAUGCACAUGAGCAGAUCUUGAAGGCAGCUUCAUUAUCUGACAGUGACGAGAUGUGUGCAUUUACUUAUCUAAGGAUGAACCCCGAGUUGUUCCAGGCUGAUAACUGGAGGAAGUUUGUGGCAUUUGUGAAGAAGAUGAAAGAAGGAAAAGAUGUGCACAAAUGUUGGGAGCAGGUGGAGAGGGAGGCUGAGCAUUUCGUGCAUGUGACAGAGCCAUUGGUGCAAGAAGCUGCUGUUGCUCUUAUGCAUUAAAAACCCAUUUUUAUGCAUCUCCAGCUACUCUAUUUGCUCUGGUAUUUUAGGAAAGGGUAAUAGUAGAGCAGUUGUGUAAUUUACUACGUACUGUAAUUAGCAGACAGACAGAUAGCUAGACAACUGUAAUAUUUGGUCGGGUGGGUUUUUAUGUAUAACGCAAUACAUAUACAUUAUAAAAUUUAUGUUUGUUAUUUGAAAA